AUGGGUUCGGGUCAGAUACUACUAGCUGCAUGUGGCAUAGUCUAUCUCUUACAUGGAGGAAGAUGGUCGAUUGUUUUGCUAGUUGCUGUGCUAUCGUACGUGUAUAAACUCGAACAGAGAAACAAGCACACCCUGCACGGCGAGGUUGAACAACCAUCUCCUGCAAAACCCUUGACUAAAGCAGACAAGUCUCCUAUAUACGCGGUAGAUUUCACGUCGACAACAUUCACUCCGACUCCAGCCAAUGCUGCUGCAACCACGAACUUCCCCAGAAAGGUCAGACUGACAGCCAGGAGAUCACCUAAAAUCAUCAAAGCUCAAAAACCACCAGUUGGCAAGAGCAAUCUCAAUCCGCCAAUCUUGACUAGAUCCCAAGUGGACUUGAAAUCAACUCAGAUUUACAUUUUCUAUACUACAUUGACUGGAUCGUCAUUGCGGAUAGCUAAACAAUUAAACGAAAAACUCUCCGCGUUGGAUUUGAAGUGGAGUCCCAAGUUGAUGAGUCUUGAUGACGAUGUGGAUGAUCUAGAAAAAUAUUUCUUGAAAACUCCCAAAAGCGAGGAUCAAGAUGAAAAAAGUAAAGAAAAUGAAGGCGGUGGUGUUGCCGCUGAUACAAAGAGUAUUUAUUUGUUGGUGCUACCUUCCUACGACACCGACUCGCCCAUAGAUUAUUUCCUUGAGCAUUUGAUUGAUACCUAUCAAGAUUUCAGAGUCGACAAGUACCCACUUCGAUCGUUGCUCGGGUUUGCAGUCUUGGGAUUGGGUGACAGUGAAAGCUGGAGUGGUGACAAAUUCUGCCAGCAGGCGAAACUAGCUGACAAAUGGUUGGGAAAACUCGGAGGUCGAAGAUUGUACCCCGUAGGUACUGUUUGCAUGAAAUACCAAGGAGAGCCAAAAGCGCAAGAAUGGAUCCAAAAUUUCGCCGAAUUGUUGAAUGAUGAAGAACCAUUUUACCUUGAUGAAAAUGACGACACGAUGUUUGACGAUAGUGAUAAUGAAAACGAAAACAGCGAGACUAGUGAUGAUGCUGAUACCUUGGUCGAUGUCGAAGAUAUCGGUGCCAUAAUUCGUAAAUCGGCGGCGGCACAGAAGAAACCGGUUGCUCAGAUGGAAAUUAAGCAGAUGGUCGCAAAGGAUUCGCCAACGUACAAGACACUCACAAAGCAAGGAUACACCAUAGUGGGAUCUCACUCGGGAGUCAAGAUUUGCCGAUGGACAAAAUCGGCCUUGCGUGGACGUGGCUCGUGCUACAAGUUUGCUUUUUACGGCAUCAAGAGUCACUUGUGCAUGGAGACUACCCCAUCGUUGGCAUGUUCAAACAAAUGCGUCUUUUGUUGGAGACACGGAACCAACCCAGUUGCCAAAUCAAACUGGAGAUGGGAAUUGGAUCCACCUGAAAAAGUCAUGGAGGGAGCACUACAGGGACACUACCAAAAGAUCAAGCAAAUGCGAGGUGUGCCGGGAAUACAAAUGGACCGCUUCCAAGAAGCAUUCAGAGUUAGACAUUGUGCAUUAUCGCUCGUGGGCGAACCAAUCUUUUACCCGCACAUCAACGAGUUUGUUGGAAUGUUGCACAAUCAGCAUAUAAGUUCGUUCCUCGUAUGCAAUGCGCAGCAUCCAGACAAUUUGGCGAAAUUGACAAAAGUCACCCAGCUCUACGUGAGUAUUGAUGCGCCAACUAAAACCGAUUUGAAAAAAGUCGAUCGUCCACUCAAUAGCGAUUUCUGGGAACGACUCAUGUCGUGUCUUGAUAUUCUUCGCACCGUGCAAUCGCACCAACGUACUGUAUUCAGACUCACCUUGGUUAAGGGUUUUAACAUGGGUGAUAUUGCUAGUUACGCCGACAUGGUUGAACGUGCCAUGCCCUCCCAGAUUGAAAUCAAAGGUGCUACAUUCUGUGGGUCUUCCAAUGGCAAUGGCAACCCGCUAACGAUGCAAAACAUUCCAUUCUACGACGAGUGUAAGGAGUUUGUGGAGAACCUCAGCACCGAGUUGAAAAAGAGGGGGCUUGCAUACGAUAUUGCGGCCGAGCAUGCACACUCUUGUUGCAUUCUUGUUGCCCAUGAGAAGUUUAGAAUCAACGGAGAAUGGCACACCCAUAUUGAUUAUCCUAGAUUCUUUGAGUUGUUGGAGUCCGGUCAGGAUUUCGUUGAUAUUGAUUAUGUGAAACCCACUCCCAAUUGGGCAGUUUGGGGUUCAGCUGAAGCUGGGUUCAAUCCUGUUGAUACGAGAUGGGAUAGAAAAGCGGAGAAAUUAAAGAACAAAUUGGCACGAGAAGAAGAAGCAAAAGAAAAGGAAAAAGCAGAAGCCGUUACAGCUAUAUAG